AUGGUUAUUUGCAAGCUCACAAAAUGCCUUUUUGAACAAACUAUAGAGUGCUGUGGUCAAGGGUGAUGCAAGCGGCAUUAUAUAGAACACUCUUCAGUAGACCUACAAAGUCAUAAAGGCAAAAAACUUUAUCAUGCAGUUAAUGUAGAAUCUAAAAAUGAAAUAUUAAACUGGCUUUACGAAGUAAAACGCAAAUUAUUAGGAUUGCUAACAAAAAUUACAAUUAAAUGAAUCAAAAAAUUUAAGAAAGGCUAUCCAGGCUAUUUUCUUAUCAAAAAAAUCAGAGAUGUUAUGAUGAGCUGUAGAGAAAUAGAAUUAAAGGUCAUAUAUACUUUUGAAGUUCCUAAAAAAAUUUGCUACAAUCCUAUUGAGUAUUUUUUGACUCAGCCUUUAGAUAAGACGAAAAUUUAUUUAAAGCAUCUAAAUCUUGACUUUUCUGAUGUAGAGCAUUUGGAAAAAGUUCAAAAUCACCUUUACAACUAUAAUUAUUUAGCUGAUGUAGAGGAUUUCCAUGGUGGAGAAAUUAUAA